AAUGAUUUUUCUUAGAUUCAAUUUUGACCGCCCAUAAAAAAUUACUCUAUUCAACAUACUUCCGAAUAAAAAAAUUAAAAAUAUAACGAUGUGAAAUCCUCCUUUUUCAACAAAGACUCUGACCAAAUUUCAAAAACCAAAAACACAAAAUUGGUGGAGCCUCCGACCAAAAAGUAAACACCACCACCGUCAAUCCGCCAAUUCUCUCGGUCAAACCUCUUCGAUCAUCCCUUCCUCUAACCUCCAUUAAUAUUCACUAGAAGCUUUGAAUCCAUAAAAACCCUAACAAUGGCGGCCUUAAUUUACCAGAUAUUCACCUCUUCAUCUCUACUAUCUCUAGGUCUUUACCAUCUUAUCUCCACCAUUCGCAACUUUCUCAAAUCCCCUCAAUCCUUCUCCGCUAAACCUUUUCAUCCCCUUUCUUCUCGCCUCCGUCUUCUUCCCUUAUACCUCACUAUCGUCGCCAUUUUGAUCUCCUUCAUCCACCAUUCUCUCUCCUCCAACAUUGCCGAUCCUCUCGUCAAAGGUCAUUCUCCUGUCCACCAUUUCACCUCCCUUCAAUCCGCCGCUGUUUCUUUCCUCUUCUUUCUCCUUUCUCUCAUUCUUCUUCUCUCUGAAUGUACUUCCGUGUUCUCUAUGCUCCCUUCCGAUCUUUUCUUUGCGUUUGCAUCAUCGGCUUUUUUCCUUCAUUCCACCGUUUAUUCAUCUCGUGCGAGUUUACAGACUUCCGAUCUUCAAUCCCGGUGUGAUUCCUUAUCCUCAUCGAUUUCUCUUGUUUCUUCUAUUCUUUGUCUCGGUCUUGCCCUUUUUCCUCGAUUGUUUGUGUUCGAUGUUGGUCUUGCUGGUUCGCUUUGUUUGAACGGGUUAUGGGAUUUGCAAACUGGGCUUUCUCUUUAUGUUGAUGCCUUUAUUCCUGAAGGUUGUCAUCGACUUCUUGAUGUUGUUAGUGGCGUUGAAGGUUCUACUAAAUGUGAGCUCGAAGAAUCUAAGCUUCGAGCUGUUGCCAUUCUUGAUCUUGCAUUUGUUGUUCAUGUUGGGAUUGUUAUGAUUUUGAUAUUUGUAGUUUAUGCUGUGGUUUCUAAGGCUUUGGGUGUCUCAAGGAGAUUUGGGUCUUAUGAAGCUUUGUCUACUACUGCUGAUACUAAUCAUGUGCAGUUGAAGACUUUGACGGGAACUCAAGCUUAACCGAAUUCAUCUUGUAAGGUUGGUAAUCCUAUGCAAUAGUUCAGAUAAGGACUACUUGGUGCGAUGAAUUUGAUUAAUGUGUAUACUAUGAAGUCCCGUAGAUGUGAGAGUAUUGCAACACAUUCUACACUUGUUGAAUAGGAAUUGAAGCACCUCAAUCAGUCAAUGAGAAGUAAAAAAGAAAGAGAUUGUGUUGUGCUGGUGUAUCCUCAAGAGAAUUUUUAACUGCUUCCUUUGUGCUAACUUGGAGCAAGUCUGCUAAUUACAGCAAAGCUAUGUAGCCUGCUUGGCAAAUGAAUAAUUGUUGAGACUCUGAACUUUUGAUAGUGUUGACGACUGGCGAGCUUAAAGUUUAGAUGUUUAUUUCUUAAUAUCCGGGCUACGAAGCCCUUAGUUUCUCGACCUAGUGCAAAUUUGUGUUUGUAAUAGACGAAAAUUUUCUUUUUCUUAUUCGGCUCUCUUAUUCCCAUUCA